CUGCUACCCGGAGAAAACAGAUCAACCACCUCUGCUUGGCGCUCUGCUCUGUCUGCUGCAUUGCUUUUAUAGAUUCUCUUUGAAAACUACAGUUAGGUGUUUAGGAUACAUUCGUUUUCAGCCAAAUUUAGAUUUUUCUCCUGUAUAUAAUUAUUUUUAAGCAUGCAACUUUAUCCAGGAUGUGUAUCCAGAUGUUUUCUGGAGGAGAUUUAAUCAUCCAUUAGAAGGAGCUGCAGCUGGGCGGGGCUUCAGACACGUGCUGAGACCUGAGGACUUCAAUUUACUGCCACACUGAUCUGGAAAGCAUCAAAGUUUUGAAAACGGAAGGUAAAGAGCAGGAUGUCUGACAUGGAGCUCGGGCAGAACGGACCUUCCAAAGGCCAGUCUGCAGGGAGAGGAAAACGCGGCGCCGUCGUUAGUUUCCACAAUAUUCACUACAAGGUGAAGCAGGGAGGAGGCUGCUUUUGUCGGAAGAAGGCCACAACCAAAGACAUCCUCAUUGACCUGAACGGGCUCAUGAAGCCGGGUCUGAACGCCAUCAUGGGAGCAACAGGAAGCGGAAAGUCAUCAUUCCUGGAUGUUCUGGCAGCCAGAAAAGAUCCCGCCGGUCUGUCAGGAGAAGUCCUGAUCGAUGGAGCUCCUCAGCCUCCCAACUUCAAGUGUCUUUCUGGUUAUGUGGUGCAGGACGACCUGGUGAUGGGAACGCUGACGGUCAGAGAGAACUUCACCUUCUCAGCCGCGCUGCGUCUCCCGUCCUCCAUCUCCCAGAAGGAGAAGGAGCAGAGGGUGGAAAAGCUGAUCCAGGAGCUGGGACUGGGACGAGUGGCCAACUCCAGGGUGGGAACUCAGCUGAUCCGAGGAAUCUCUGGAGGAGAGAGGAAGAGGACGAACAUCGGCAUGGAGCUGAUCAUCGACCCGUCCGUCCUCUUCCUGGAUGAACCCACCACAGGCCUGGACGCCAGCACGGCUAACUCUGUGCUGCUGCUGCUAAAGAGGAUGGCGAACCACGGCCGCACCAUCAUCCUGUCCAUCCAUCAGCCCAGAUACAGCAUCUACCGCCUGUUUGACAGCCUCACCCUGCUGGUCAACGGCAAACAGGUUUACCACGGCCCGGCACCCAGAGCGCUGGAUUAUUUCUCUGACAUCGGAUACAGAUGUGAGGCUCACAACAACCCCGCCGACUUCUUCCUGGACGUCAUCAACGGAGACUCCACCGCCGUCGCCCUCAACAGCCUGGAGGGAGGAGAUGGCGAUUCCCAGCAGGACGAUGAGUCGGUGUCCAAGACGAGAAAAGGAAUCGAGGACAAACUGGUGGAGGAGUAUAGAAACUGCGAGCACUACAAACAAACCAAAGAUGAGCUGGAGAGGAUACUUCAGGGAAAACCAGUGAGAAAGGGUUCUCGCUUCAGAACCAUCACCUACAACACCAACUUCUUCACCCAGUUUAGAUGGGUUCUCAAGAGAACGUACCGCAACCUAGUGCUGAACCCUCAGACCUCCUUCGCCCAGUUAGCCGUUACGCUCUUCCUCGCUCUGGUUGUUGGAGCGCUGUUCUUUGAUGUCCAGUUGGAUCAGAGCGGGAUCCAGAACAGGACCGGCGCUCUCUUCUUCAUCGUGGUGAAUCAGUGCUUCAGCUCGCUGUCCGCUGCUGAGCUCUUCAUCACCGAGAGGAAACUUUUCAUCCAUGAGUAUAUCAGCGGUUACUACAGACUCUCUGUCUACUUCCUGUGUAAGAUCCUGUCUGACAUCAUAACUCUGAGGACCCUCCCUGGCAUCCUCUUCACCUGCGUCGCCUACUUCAUGGUUGGUCUGAAGCCCACAGUGGGGGCUUUCUUCACCUUCAUGUUCACCGUGGCUCUGGUCGCGUACACGGCCACCUCCAUGGCCAUGGCCAUCUCGGCCGACCAGACGGUGGUCGCCAUCGCCAACAUCUUCAUGACCGUCACCUGCGUCUUCAUGAUGAUCUUUGCAGGUCUGCUGGUGAAUCUUCCCUCCAUCGUUAGCUGGCUCUCCUGGUUGAAGUACUUCAGCAUACCCAGAUAUGGAUUAAGUGCUCUGCAGGCCAAUGAGUUCCCCGGACUGAACUUCUCUGCGCCAUUUAACAGUUCCAUGACUGGGGAGGAAUUUCUGAAGGAGCAGGGGGUGAAUUACUCCACCUGGGGUCUGUGGCAGAACCACCUGGCUCUGGCUGUCAUGACCAUCUGCUUCCUCACCAUCGCAUACCUCAAGCUGCGCUUCAUCAAGAAGUUUACCUAAAGUCUUAAAGAAGCUCUACCACCAAAACAUAUCUUACUGUACUUGUUUUUUUUUAUAUCUAAUUUGUUAUUUUCUAUAUUCUUGGUUCAGGAUUGUAUUUGCGAUUUGUUGAUUAUUGUGUUAAAACCAACUAAGUUCUUCCAGAUAACUUGUUUGUAAAAUGUUUGGAUUUGACAGUAAAUCGUUCUCUCAGUUCUUAUUAUUACUCGAUCACACCGUUAUAGUGUAAGCUGUAUUCUGAUUUUUGCACUUUAAUGUUGAAAGCCAUGUAAAUCUAUGGUUCUGUUUGUAAAUUUUUUUUCUACGAAAAUAAAAUAGCCGAAUAAAGGAGAA